AUGAAGAGUGCCAUGAAACUAAAUAAGAAUCAAAUAAAGCAGGUCGAAAAGCAUGAACGGCAAAAAAAAUAUAGUGAUUUGGCCAUUCAAAAUACCAACAAUUCAUCAAUUGCAUCUAAAGCUUCGGUAGAAAGGCUUUAUCAGGACGUUUUGGGGGCCCAUGAGACCGAUAUCACGGUAAACAAAAGCAAACAGUAUUUCAAAUACUUCGUACCUAAGCCAAUUAGAAGAUCACCUUGUAUUAACCGCGGUUAUUGGCUAAGGUUACACGCCGUUAAGUCACGCAUUGACUCGAUUCUUGGUAGUAGUGAUACCAAGGUUACAAUUGUGAACUUGGGUUGCGGCUAUGAUCCUCUACCGUUUCAACUCCUCGAUAAAGAGAGUACUCAUAGGCUGAGGAAUAUAGGGACGGUGUCAUUUGUUGACAUCGAUUAUCCCGAACUAAUAAAGAAUAAGGUGACGAUCAUUGAAAAAACCCCCGAACUCAAGUCAAUUGUGGGCGAAACAAAGAUGACCUCCAACCCCAGAACCCUGUUCAAUUCGGAGAAUUACGUUGCAGUCUCUUGCGAUCUGAAUGAAAUUCAGUCGUUCGAAGAAGUUCUCAGCUUUUUAAAUUUGAAAGAACCUGAUGUCAUCAAAAUUUUCGUUGCUGAGGUUUCUUUGGCAUACAUGACGGCCGAAAAGGCUGAUAACAUCAUUACACAUUGUGCAAAUAUUCCAAAUUCCCAUUUUGUAAUCUUGGAGCAACUUUUGCCAGUUGGACCAUUCGAAUCAUUUUCAAAGCAGAUGAUGCGUCAUUUCCUGAGUAACGAUUCACCAUUACUUUCAGUGAAAAAGUACCCAUCUAUCGAAUCCCAAAUUAACAGGUUUAACAGAUUAGGCUUUCCUCAUGUAAAUGCGGGUGACAUGGCGCAUCUUUGGAAUUCGGUCAGUUAUGAAAUAAAGAAGGAAUUAGAAAAAAUAGAGGCAUUUGAUGAGCUCGAGGAAUUCUUUCUUUUUUGCCAUCACUACGUAUUGGUACAUGCGACAAAUGAUGAAGAGUUCCUUUUCGAUCAGAUCUAUAAGUUUCCGAAUGUGAAAUCAUAUCCCAAGAAUCCACUUUUAAAAAUGAGUAUGCGAGUAGCGAACUUUGAAGAAGAUCUUUCCCUAUGCAGAAAAUUUGGUUCAUCAGCCAAGCUUCCAGGAAAUGAAAUACUUUAUUCACAUGGCUGCUUUAACAAUAGACUGAAAGACACUAUGGUGUUUACUACCUCCGGCAAAUAUGCAAACACACUAUCAGAUACUGUGUGUCCCAAAGAGCGUAUGUGCCACAGUAUUACCUGUCUGAACGAUGAAUUGUGUGUUUUAAUUGGUGGCCGAGGGGGUCCUAACAAACCAUUGCAUGAUUCUUGGCUCUUGAAGAAGACGGAAGGAGCUUGGCGAUGGACUCAGGGUCCAAAUUUACCCGAGCCAAGAUUCCGACAUCAAGCAUGUGCUCUGAAUAGUCAUCAACUACUUAUUUUUGGAGGUGUAACCCAGGGUCCUAUCUUUCUUCUUUACGACAGCGAAACAGGUGAGUUUAGUGAACCGAGAGUAAUCGGAGAAAUACCACGGAAAGUCUCAAGCUCACUUUGUUUCGAUCAAGAAUCUCAAACCGGAGUAAUCAGUGGAGGUUCGUCCGCUGCAUAUUCUGUUGACGACGAUAUGAUUGUCUUCUGCUUCGAUGAAGCUUCGAAAACUGUAGAAGUUCAAAGCACCUAUCAAAACUUGUUAUUCAUGCGAUACGGAUCUAAGAGUGUGUUUUUAGACAAAGAUCAUGUCCUGGUUGUUGGAGGAAUGAGCCCCGAACUUUUAUUUGGGCAGACUACGACUAUAAUAGAGGUUGACAUUACCAAUGGUGACGUUUCGCAGGUUGAAAUACCUUCUCAAGUGUGGGAGCAAAAUGCUCCUAUGCUGGCAGGAUUUGAGCUACAAAAAUUAGAGACGGGGGAUGUUCUGGUCUUUGGUGGAGGAGCAGUAUGUUAUGGGUUUGGAUCCGUAUGGAACAAGCCUUUGUUGAUUGGAGAGAAUAAUAUUGAUCUUUCGGUUGUUUCGAUUUAA